GUUAGCACUGCUUCUUUUAGUCUUGCUUAGUUUCCUUGACAUUUUGUGUGAAAUUUUUCCAGCUCUGCAAUUUUCUCAAUUUUACCGACUAUUUUAGUAUUUUAGUAUAGGAAUUUAGAAGAAAAAGAACGAUGAGUGAAUUAGACCCAAUGGAGAUGCGUAAGAUAAGCAAUAGAGUAGCCCCGAGCUUGGAAAUGGAGGACGUCAUUGUGAGCAUGUUGGGCUUGGACACCAUCAAAUGCCCGCAGUGCCGAAAGCGUUUUGAUUCCGUUGAGGAAAUGGAGGACCACCGGAAGGUUCACAUGACGACGUACUUUUGCGAUGAAUGCCAUAAAUCCUUCACAACACAGGGCGGCUACUGGAAGCACAUGAAGACGCACACGGACGAGCGGAGCUUUGUGUGCAACAUCUGCAAUAAGAGCUUCACGCAGCAGGCGAAUCUGCAACGGCAUCAACUCGUGCACACGGGUCAGAAGCCCUAUCAGUGUACCAUCUGCCAGAAAUCCUUCAGUCAGAAUGCCAAUGCCCAGAAGCACAUGCUCCUGCACACGGGGAAGAAGCCCUUCCGGUGCGGGGUGUGCGACAAAGCCUUCGCCCAGCAGGCCAACUUGCAGAAGCACGAACGCAUCCACACCGGCGAUAAGCCCUACACGUGCCACAUCUGCAACAAGAACUACACCCAACUGGCCAAUAUGCAGAAGCACUUAAUUGUCCACUCAAAGAUUGGAGCCAAGCACAUUUCCAAAUACAUAAAGGUCAUCACUGUGCCACGAGAUGCUAAUGAAUUAAUUGUGGACGUAAAGACGGAACUUCCGCCGGAAUUACUGUCAACGGACGAAGAGGAUGAGGAUGUGAAACCCAAUAUUAAAUUAGAACCAUUGGACUCAUUAGAACAUAAAAAGAGAAGAAUUGUUAGAAUUAUGGAAUAACAAAUAAAAAAAAACAAA